AUGAAUCUAUCUUACGGUCGUCUUCCGUUUGCUAAAUCACGAAACCCAUACACUUGUGGUAUCACGGGGAAAUCUUACUCCGCCCUUGAAGUAAUCGAGAGGGAAGAUUAUUUAUCGAGAGCACUUGGAAAAGAACUGGACUUUCAUCCUAAUAAGGGGUUAGAGUGGGAUAGAGUUGUCGCUGUCUUUUCGUUGAAUACUAUUGACUAUAUCCCCGUAACUCAUGCAGACCAUCGACUGAAUGGCAUUGCAACUCCUGUCGAUUUUACCGCCUCAGCUGCAGAGCUUGAACAGCAACUUCGUUCGUCCAAGGCAAAGGCCCUGGUUACCUGCGAACCUUUACUUCAAACAGCACUCGAGGCAGCCAAACGAUGUGGACUUCCAGACAGUCGUAUUUUUCUACUUGAACUACCCAAUCAAGCGUGCAAGGCGCCCUUCAAAACGAAAGCUGUCAUGAUCUCACAUCGAAGCAUCAUUGCCAAUGUUCUGCAAAUGACCUUUUACGAGUCAGCCCCUCGUAAGGAACAAGGUGUACUCACGCAAGCUGUACUUGGAGCCUUACCCUUCAGUCAUAUCUACGGCCUUGUCCCCAUUACUCAUUUAGGGGCGUUUCGAGGAGACGAGAUUAUCUUUCUGCCACGCUUUGAGCUGGCCCAGGCUCUUCGUGCUGUCGCCCAGUUCAAGAUCGAGCAGCUUUGUGUUGUGCCGCCAAUUCUUGUCCAAAUGCUUAACAACGCGGAAAAGUGCAAAAAAUACAAUCUGGAAAGUUUGAGAUUUGUCUAUACUGGCGCAGCACCGUUGGGACAAGAGACAGUUGAUUCUGUGAGGAAGAUGUAUCCGAAAUGGCAUAUCGGCCAGGGAUAUAGUCUUACGGAGACUGCUACGGUGGUUACGUCAAUGAACGAGCUUGAUAUCUGGGAUGGCUCAAUUGGAACGCUGAUCCAUGACACUAAGGCUAAGAUAAUAACCGCCGAUGGUUCUGAAGUCACUAGUUACGAUACACUAGGUGAACUCUUGAUCCAAAGCCCUUCAGUUGUUUUGGGCUAUAUGGGUAAUGACAAGGCUACUGCGGAGGCCUUUUUUUCGGACGACGAUGGCCGCUGGCUACGUACCGGUGAUGAGGUACUGGUUCGAGUGUUACCAUCUGGUGAUGAGCAUUUCUUUGUCGUUGACCGCAUCAAGGAGCUCAUUAAGGGACAUCAAGUAGCUCCAGCUGAGCUUGAGGCACAUCUACUAUCGCAUCCGUACGUAGCGGACUGUGCUGUUAUCCAAGUGCCAGAUCCUCGCACUGGUGAGCUGCCGAAGCCUUUUGUAGUCAAGGCAAAGGCCGUUCUGGAUAAUGAUGUCCAAGAUAAAGUAGUGUUAGAGGCCAUUCACAAACACGUGGAAGAGAACAAGGCCCGACACAAGUGGUUAAAGGGAGGAAUUGAGUUUGUGCAAAUUAUCCCGAAAAGUCCAAGUGGCAAGAUUCUAAGAAGACUGCUCCGUGAUAAGGAGAGAGAGUCCAGACGUGUAGAUAAAGCAAAGAUUUAG